CGCUUCGGCCCACUAGAAAAUUUAUCCGCCUUUCCGUUUGAGAGUUAUUUAAGAAAGAUGAAAACAAUGAUACUCGGUCCAAACAGACCGAUGUCCCAGUUUUUUCGGUGCAUUACUGAGUGUGCUUGCAGAACGACCUAAACGUCCGAUUACGCUGAUGACGCUGCAUUCUUUUCAGCCACGAGAGCUUGUGACAACGGGAGAUUUAACAUUCAAAGCGGUGCACGGGUGAUAACCGAGUUCCCUAACAGCGCCGUGAUUAUCGGCCGUGCUCCAGCUUCGUACUGGACAUAAAGCCUUGGUUCCUCGAUUUAUAGAGAGCAGAAGAGCAAUCCUUUGUCAGCCCAUCUUUUCCUGCUCACUGUAGGAAUCAUGUGCCUUGAUGCGGGACAGUGUUCCGCAAAGGAGCAUUGCGGUCACAGUCAACACAACAAGAUCCAUACUUUUCCCGCAAAUAGAUGUCUAGUAAUCAUUUGAAACAUUCCGCUGUUUGUGCACUGACGACUAGCUCAGGUAAACUGUUCCAGUCAUUCACUACACGAGUUGACAAAGUGACAUCAGAGCGAAGGCGGAUCCUCCUUGGUUUAAACAGCUUCAUACCGUGGCCUCGUGUCGAACUAUCCGCACAAAGACGAAAGAACUCUUGUACCUCAUCCCCCAUCUCACCUCGGAGAAUACGUCGC